CUGAGCAUCAUCAGUCUCUGGAAAGCCUUCUGAAUUAGACAAGGGCUGCCUCUCAGCACAGCUACAAAACACUUUAAACCUGACCAGCUAAAUGGAUAAACCUAGCCUGCAUAGCUUUUAAACUGGGGUCUCAUACAGCACAGGAGGCCUGCUUGCUUCAAGAACUGAAAAUCCAGAGGAUGAAUUGCUUUAUCUGGGAAUGGCAAAAGCCAGCACAAUAAGGAAUGCCAGGUAUUCUGAAGAUUUUAUUUUUUUCCUCUCAUUUCACAGAGAAGUUGGUUACCUCCGAGAUGGGCUGUAGCUCUUUUGCACAGAUUGCCAAUUACUGCUGAUGGGUCUCUGGUGAAUUACACAAUGGUCCUCAGAGCCUAGAGGCCCUCCCCCCUCGCCCCCCCCCACAACGCUUCCUCCUCCCUGCCCCUUCAUCCCACCCCGUGCUGAUUUUUUAAAAUAUAUAUGUAUAUAUAUAUUUUUUGCCUGUCUUCUCCGGGGAAGUUUGUAUGGGGCUACUAGCUCACAUGCGGGAUCAGAAUGGUGUGAAUGACAGCCGCACUGUGUCAUGAAGGUGGUGGUGAUUUCAGCAAGAGAGACCAAAUAAGAAGAAAGCUGAGAGAGGGGGGAAACGUUUUUGGAUGACAAAGGAUGGGUUUCCAUUUAAUUACGCAGCUGAAAGGCAUGAGUGUGGUUCUGGUGCUACUUCCUACACUGCUGCUUGUUGUGCUCACGGGGGCUCAGAGAGCUUGCCCGAAGAACUGCAGAUGUGAUGGCAAAAUUGUGUACUGUGAGUCUCAUGCUUUCGCAGAUAUUCCUGAGAACAUUUCUGGAGGGUCACAAGGCUUAUCAUUAAGGUUCAACAGCAUUCAGAAGCUCAAAUCCAAUCAGUUUGCCGGCCUUAACCAGCUUAUAUGGCUUUAUCUCGACCAUAAUUACAUUAGCUCAGUGGAUGAAGAUGCAUUUCAAGGGAUCCGUCGACUCAAAGAAUUAAUUUUAAGCUCCAACAAAAUUACCUAUCUGCACAAUAAAACAUUUCACCCAGUUCCCAAUCUCCGCAAUCUGGACCUCUCCUACAAUAAACUUCAGACAUUGCAAUCUGAACAAUUUAAAGGCCUUCGGAAACUCAUCAUUUUGCACUUGAGAUCUAACUCACUCAAGACUGUGCCGAUAAGAGUUUUUCAAGACUGUCGGAAUCUUGACUUUCUGGAUUUGGGGUACAAUCGUCUUAGAAGCCUAUCCCGAAAUGCUUUUGCUGGCCUUUUGAAAUUAAAGGAGCUCCACUUGGAGCACAACCAAUUUUCCAAGAUCAACUUUGCUCAUUUUCCACGUCUCUUCAACCUCCGUUCGAUUUACUUACAGUGGAACAGGAUUCGCUCCAUUAGCCAAGGCUUGACAUGGACUUGGAGUUCCUUACACAACUUGGAUUUAUCAGGGAAUGACAUCCAAGGAAUUGAGCCGGGCACAUUUAAAUGCCUCCCCAAUUUGCAGAAAUUGAAUUUGGAUUCCAAUAAGCUCACCAACAUCUCACAGGAAACUGUGAAUGCGUGGAUAUCAUUAAUAUCCAUUACCUUGUCUGGAAAUAUGUGGGAAUGCAGUCGAAGCAUCUGUCCUCUAUAUUACUGGCUUAAGAAUUUCAAAGGUAAUAAAGAAAGCACCAUGAUAUGUGCAGGACCUAAGCACAUCCAGGGCGAAAAGGUUAGUGACGCAGUGGAAACAUAUAACAUCUGUUCUGAAGUCCAGGUGGUCAAUACAGAGAGGUCGCACCUGAUGCCCCAAACUCCCCACAAGCCUCUGGUUAUCCCUAAACCUACCAUCUUUAAACCAGAUGCCACCCAACCCACCCUUGAAACACCAAGCCCUUCACCAGGCUUCCAAAUUCCUGGCACAGAGCAAGAGUAUGAGCAUGUUUCAUUUCACAAAAUUAUUGCAGGGAGUGUGGCUCUGUUUCUCUCGGUGGCCAUGAUCCUCUUGGUAAUCUAUGUGUCUUGGAAACGCUAUCCAGCCAGCAUGAAACAACUCCAGCAACACUCUCUUAUGAAGAGGCGGCGGAAAAAGGCCAGAGAGUCUGAAAGACAAAUGAAUUCCCCUUUACAGGAGUAUUAUGUGGACUACAAGCCUACAAACUCUGAGACCAUGGAUAUAUCGGUCAAUGGAUCUGGGCCCUGCACAUAUACCAUCUCUGGCUCCAGGGAAUGUGAGAUUCCACACCACGUGAAGCCCUUGCCCUACUACAGCUAUGACCAGCCAGUGAUUGGGUACUGCCAGGCUCACCAGCCGCUGCACGUCAACAAGGGCUACGAGACAGUGUCUCCAGAGCAGGACGAAAGCCCCAGCCUGGAGCUCGGGCGAGACCACAGCUUCAUCGCCACCAUCGCCAGGUCGGCUGCACCUGCCAUUUACCUGGAGAGAAUAACAAACUAG